AUGGGACUUGUGAACACUUUGAUCAACUGGCUUUACCAAGUCUUUCAAGUCUUAAUCGCUCAAAUUUUUGCCCCAAAUCCACGCCAACCACAAUCGAGAGUCGGUGGACCUCGUAUAGCAAUUAUAGGGGCCGGUAUCACGGGAGUAUCGUCCGCUGCUCACUGUGUGGGUCAUGGCAUCGAUGUGACCGUUUUCGAGGCGAAAGGCCGUGAGCAUUUAGGCGGAAUAUGGAGCCAAGUGAACAAUACAUCCAGUCUACAGAUACACAGUGCUAUGUAUCGCUUUCAUCCGUCGGUCCGAUUUAGACGCGGGUACCCCGACCGUCAGGGCAUCCUCAGAGAGGUUGAGAAUCUAUGGAAGCGUUAUGGGCUGCAAGAUCGGACUAGAUUCAAUGUCCCGGUCGAAUCCGUCUGGUGUGAUAAAGAAAGUGGCAAAUGGUAUGUCCAGGAUCCAUCUUAUGGAGAAUUCGAUGGAAUACUGGCAGCCACUGGCACCUGUGGUGAUCCUAAGAUGCCGCAUGUCCCCGGUCAGGAGAAGUUUCACGGUCCGAUCAUUCAUUCAGCCCGGUUGACUGGCCACGAUGUCAAAGGCAAGCAUGUGCUUGUGAUCGGCGCUGGAGCCAGUGCGAUUGAAGCUAUCGAAUUCGCAGUACCGCAACAGCCAGCAAAGAUUAGUAUCCUCGCUCGCGAAAACAAAUGGAUUAUACCCCGCAAUCCAUUAGUCGAUGGAAUGCUGGCAAUGAACAUCUUUGGCCGGGAGACCAGUCUAGGGUGGGUUCCAGAAUGGCUCCUGAAAAAGUUCUUUUAUCGCGACCUUACCGAUCUUGUACCGGCGAAAGCUGGUCUAUAUACCCAAACACCUAUGUGCAACGACGCCAUUCUGAAUCAAGUUCGCGAAGGUCGGGUCAAUUGGUAUCGUGGGGAUAUCAAAGAGUUUCAAGAAAAUGGCAUUCUGUUCAACCACCGUCAGAAGGGCGUUCCUAAGGGUGGCCCAGGCCGCGAAGAACUAAUUAAGGGCGACUUUUGCAUUAUGGCUACUGGGUUCCAUCGACCCAGUUUGGGCUUUUUGCCAGAUGAAUGCUUCAACCCUACAUAUACUCCACCAAACUGGUUUCUCCAGUCGUUUCCCCCAGGGCAUCCGGAUGUGUGCGCAAACAACUGCACAUAUGUCAACGGCCUUGGCACCGUUGGAAACAUACAUAUUGGACUUUAUACUCGCAUGCUGAUAAUGUUCCUUGUCGAUCCCACUACAAGGCCCUCGCCGGCAAGGAUGCGUCUUUGGGUUGAUUGGACGCGAUCGUGGAAAGAGCGUGCCCCAGGGGGUGCUCUUGAAUUCUUCACAUACAGCGAGCUUAUUUCGUGGAUAGUUCUGGCUCUCGCAUGUAACCCUUACCGCUGGAAAUGGGUGUUCUUCGUGUUGGCUAGCUGGGGUCAUGCUCUACCGUCAACAACGGGCACUCAGAAAGGCCGUUCUGCGCAAUAUUCAUCGGCUUCAAAUGGUCCUGUAAAUGAACGCCAUACCUCCUAA